GCAGUUUGUAUCUUGCUGUGGUGGACGGAGUUUAAGAAUACGUACACUACCCGUUUUCGGGCGUAACAAAAACCCUAACCCUAAACACCGAGUGUAUGUACGGUUUACUUUCGCCGUUGUGGUGGAUGUAAUUGAAGUGUUUUGUUUCGUCACAAAUCAGCUCCUUUCGGGCAAGCCUAUGGUCAAAGAUAUUCCAGUCGAGAAUGUGUGUGUGGUUUACGUUAUCCAAUUCAAAUGCGUAAUAAACUUGUUUACAGAUGGAGGAAAAACUCUAAUGCUUCGGGACAUACCAUUUGUACCUCUCCGACGAAGGAUACUACUCGCUUCAUCCUCAAGAAUUACUGACGCAGAGACGACUGAGUUCUUCGGAUCUAACAUACUGUUUGCAUUAUCUAAAGCCUUCACCCGAACUUUUCCUUAUAACAUCAAGGAAAGACUUUUAGGAAGAAUCAAUUGCUAUUACUAGCAGGUCGAAAGACAACGUAGAAGCGCUCUCAAUGUGCCGUACACGCGGAUAUUGUUUUGGUGUGUGAAGUCGAAAUCGUACUCUGGGUAUGUUGUUGCAGCGUAGUGUAAUAAUAUCAACCAAGGUUAAGUUACAGGCGUGACCAUCACGUCUUACUUCUAGCGGAACGUACACAUAAUCAGCAUGGCCGUCGUUUCAUUUCUACCUGGUCGAACAACAAAACAAAAACUCAUACAAAAACGAUACCGCUUGCUGACUCGUGAUGUGUUUACAUUGUUGAGUGUGACAAUAGGAGCCUCUGAUGUUGGUUCUUUUGUGUUGCUGGUUAAGUAAAAGCACCGACGGUAAACAUUAAAGUCCUAAUUGCGGUGGGCCGAGCGCGGCAGUGAUUCGUUAAUUUCGCGGAGUUUCCAUCACGUGGGCUAAUGACAUGUCUAUUACAUCUUUACUAUGCGCAACUACAAACAUAUUAAGAGCAGUGGUCCUCAGCUGAGGACAGUCUUGUCUUCGGCUUUAUACGAUGGCCACCUCAGAACCACUUGCGACAAUUUGCAACGAUACUGUCUUCUGGAAUAUUUCUUUGACAUGGGGUACUGCAUCAUGGCCACAGUUUACCCAGUGCUUCCAGAAUACCAUACUUAUGUGGAUACCAUGCUUCUGGCUAUGGCUGUGCUUACCAUUAUAUCUGUUUUACAUUUACAAAUCCAACAGCAGUUCAAUUCCAUAUACAUUCUUGAAUAUAGCCAAAAUGACAUUCCUAGUUUUUCUAAUCACCCUCGAUAUAGUCAAUAUGUCGACUGUACUUGACAAUGACCAAAUGGAAACUCUCUUGGAUAUAAAAGCCUUACUGAUCGGAUACGGACUAAGAAUAGCAACAUUUAUUUUGUCACUGAUUCUGGUGUGGAUAGAGAAGAAAUCUGGUAUCUUAACAUCUGGUGUGCAAUUCAUCUUUUGGUUGUUGUCUUUCCUUUGUCAAAUCAUUCCAUUUUAUAGUCAAAUUAUUUUGAAGGAUUACAACACAAAUCUAUUUAGGUUUAUCAUGAUGUGCCUCACUUUGGGACUGACAGCACUGGAAUUAAUUUUGUUUUGCUUUGCUGAAAAGUUUUCAUAUGAUAGUCGAGGUUACUUUGAAUUACAUUCCAAUGAAGAUCUUUCUGCUAACCCCUGUCCUGAAGAUACAAGUUCCUUUAUAAAUAAGAUGUCAUUCCAUUGGUUAACAAGAUUGAUCAUAGAUGGUUACAAAAAGAGUCUUGAAGAAUCCGAUUUGUGGGAUCUACCUAAACAUUUGCAAUAUGGUCGAAGUGUUCCGAAAUUCAAACGUUAUUGGGCCAAAGAAUUAUCAAAGCAAAAAAAAGAAUCUUGCCGUGCUGAGCCUGUAUCGGAGACCACCCCACUUCUUCGCGACACAGAAGAGACAACAUUCGCAGAUACUCAAGCAAAGACAGGCUCAGCCAAACCUUCUUUGUUGCGGACAUUAUUUGCUGUGAACUGGUUCCUUUUUGUCAUUUCUCAGCUCGUCAAACUCUUGUAUGAUCUACUACAGUUCGUCAGUCCACAAAUUCUCAGUGCAUUGAUUUCUCACACUGAAACCCCAAAUGAACCGGAAUGGAAAGGCUAUAUUCUUGUUCUUGCACUGUUUGCCUCAAACUUACUGCAGUCUUUCUUCUAUCACCAACAUUUCCAAAUUGCUCUCCGUUUAGGAGUGAAGAUCAAAUCCUCGCUGAUCGAUUGUGUGUAUCGAAAGGUAAAGUAUUUUGCUUUCCGGGAGAAAGUAACUGUAUUAAUGAUAUUGAGUGAUUUGAUUUUUUUACUUUUUUCCUUUAUUCAGAUUCUUAAACUCUAUGCUUGGGAAGGAUCUCUCGAGAAAAAAAUUCUUAAGAUCAGGCAACAAGAACUGGCAGUCCUUCGAAAAGCUGCAUACCUUAAUGCCUUUUCUACUUUCUGCUGGCUUUGUGCUCCAUUUCUCGUAACGGUUGCCACCUUUGCUACUUACGUCCUUCUUAAAGACGAUCAUUACAUCGAUGCACAAACUGCCUUUGUGUCUCUCUCACUUUUCAACAUCCUGCGGCUGCCAAUUAAUCUACUUCCAAUGGCAAUUCCUUUUCUUGUCCAGGCUCAUGUUGCUGUAACACGUUUAUCAAAAUUCCUUACUUCUGAUGAAAUAAAUUCUGACAACGUGAAUAAAUUUCACUCCGAUGAAAAUGCUGUAAGAAUUACCACGGCAGACUUUUCCUGGUCAAAAUCAUCUGAACCUCUUUUGAAGAAUAUUAACUUACAGUUUCCACUGAACAAACUAAUUGCUGUUGUUGGUCAAGUUGGUGCUGGAAAAUCUUCUCUAAUUUCUGCCAUUUUGGGAGACAUGGAAAAACUCCAAGGAGAAGUUGAAGUACAGGGUUCCGUGGCCUAUGUCCCCCAGGAGGCAUGGAUUCAGAACAAAACUGUCAGAGAUAAUAUUCUGUUCGGAAAAACCUACGACAGGAAAUGGUAUGAGCAAGUGAUUGAAGCCUGUGCCCUGAAACUGGAUUUUGCAACGUUGAUUGAUGGAGACAGAACAGAAAUCGGAGAAAAAGGUAUUAAUCUAAGUGGUGGACAGAAACAGCGGAUCAGCCUUGCUCGGGCUGUGUACGCUAACAAAGACCUUUACAUCUUAGAUGAUCCUCUCAGCGCAGUCGAUGCCCAUGUUGGCAAACACAUAUUUAAUAUGGUUUUAAGUGAGACUGGAUUAUUAAAAAGCAAGACUCGUAUAUUUGUGACACACGGUAUCCAUUGGUUACCGAAAGUCGACAAAGUGAUUGUGAUGUCUGACGGAAGUGUAUCCGAAGAAGGCAGCUACGAUGAGUUGAUUAGUCACAAUGGAGCAUUUGCUCAAUUUUUAUUGACCUAUCUAAAUGAGGCGGAAGAUUCAGAUCCUGAGAUAAAUGAAGUAAAAUCGAAAAUAUUGCAAAGAGCUGCUUCGUUUGUCUCAAGCUGCUCAGAUGGUGAAGUCAAUGAAAAUAUUAAAAGCAUUUCAAAGAGAAAGGACAGUAAGGUAUCAUCUACCAGGAGAAGAGCUAGUUCAGUCUCGAAACGAUCUCAGAGUAUUUCUUAUGAUGGACAUGAUCAAGAUGUGGCUGUUACUAAGUUGAUUCAAGAAGAGAAACUGGAAAAAGGCACUGUUAAAAUAGCUGUGUUCCUCAAGUAUGCCAGGGCCCUUGGUCUUUGUCUCUUCACCUGGGUUUUUGUGCUAAUGAUCUUGAAUCAAGGGUCGCUUAUGUUUGCCAAUAUUUGGUUGAGCCAAUGGACAGAUGACCCCUACCUCAAAAACCUCAGCAAUACAAAUAGCCCAGAAUACAAUACAAAGAACUACACAUAUUUAUCAGUUUAUGGUGCAGUGGGCAUUAUACAAGGUAUAAUUGUAUUGGUCUAUGCUAUAAUGUAUGCAAUGGGCACCAUCAAAGCCGCGGCAUCCAUGCAUUUUAGACUUCUGGACAACAUCAUCCAUUGCCCAAUGUCAUUCUUUGACACAACACCGAUUGGUCGCAUAAUAAAUCGCUUUUCCCGAGACAUCGAUAUUGUUGACAAUACUCUUGCUUUCAUCAUUCGAAGAUGGCUCCAGAUAGUGCUGCAGAGUAUCGGCACCAUCAUCAUUAUUGGUUACAGUACUCCGGAUUUUUUGGUCGUCGUUCUUCCUAUAAUGCUUGUCUAUUACAUCAUACAGACAGUUUAUAUCCCUUCGUCUCGGCAGCUGAAGAGACUAGAAUCGACAACAAAGUCCCCGAUUUAUACUCACUUCAGCGAAUCCAUUUCUGGUUCCAGUAUGAUCCGAGCCUUCAACAUUGAGCAAGAAUUUAUAGAAGAGUCUCGCACUUUAGUUGACAAAAACCUCGUGUUUAUUUAUGUCAACAAAAGUUCAAAUAGAUGGUUAGGAAUUCGGCUUGAGCUGGUUGGAAAUCUGAUAAUUAUAGCAGCUUCGUUAUUUUCCAUUCUCGGAUCAGAUAUAACUGGUGGCCUUGUUGGUCUUUCCAUUUCUUAUGCACUCCAGGUAACCGGUGCUUUAAAUAUGUUGGUACGGAUGACUUGUGAUUUGGAAACGAAUGUUGUGUCUGUAGAAAGGUUGGUGGAAUAUACACAGAUUCCUGGAGAGGCUGAAUGGCAUAUUCCAGAAAAAAGGCCACCAGACAGCUGGCCCGAUAAAGGACAGCUUGAAUUCAUUGACUACAGGACUCGUUACAGAAGUGGUUUGGAUCUUGUCUUGAAGGGAAUCAGCUGUACCAUAAAACCAAAGGAAAAGAUUGGCAUCGUUGGACGUACUGGAGCUGGCAAGUCAUCUUUGACACUUUCAUUGUUUCGUAUUAUUGAAGCUGAUAAAGGCUGCAUUGUUAUCGAUGGCCACAACAUAGCUAAUAUGGGUCUCCAUGAUCUCCGAACCAAACUAACAAUUCUUCCACAGGACCCUUUAAUAUUUUCUGGUACUUUGCGUAUGAAUCUUGAUCCCCUAGAUGACUAUGAAGACAAUCAAUUAUGGACAUCUCUGGAAUUGGCUCACCUGAAGAAGUUCGUGGAGACAUUACCAAAUGGUCUUGGCUAUGAGUGUGGGGAAGGUGGACAGAAUUUAAGUAUUGGACAACGACAGCUUGUCUGUCUUGCAAGAGCAUUAUUGAGAAAAACCAAAGUAUUGGUUCUUGACGAAGCCACUGCUGCUGUCGACAUGGAAACAGAUGAUCUAAUUCAAAAGACUAUUCGAAGUGAAUUCAAAGACUGCACCAUUUUAACAAUUGCCCAUAGAUUACACACUGUGAUAGACUACGACAAAAUUAUGGUUCUUGACAAUGGAGUAAUCUGUGAAUUUGAUUCACCAAAACAUCUUUUAAAGAACAAAAAGUCAAUAUUUUAUGGAAUGGCAAAAAAUUCAGGAAUAGUUUCCUGAUGACGAACUUCAAAGAAUUACUAUUGUUAUUAUUAUAAUUAAUAUUAUUAUUAUUCAAAGACAAUCUUUGCAAGAUGGCAAUUCUGCUCAUUUUGUGCCGUUUGGACAAUAUUCUUGUAAAAAAAAAUUUUAAAAAAACUAUAAAAAGAUUUGCAUCAUUACUGUAUAUAGACUCCCACGUUAUCUUUUAACCAAUUACAAAAAAAAAAAUAUUUUGUUGGCAAUUUGCACAAAAUGGUUAAUUAAAGAAAAUAUUUGAAAAAAAAAAAAAAACUAAAAUGAAAUUGCCUUAAA